AUGGUCUCCAUUCAGGAUGAAAAGGCCUCUGAGGCAGAGCAUCUCGAGGCGCCAGUCGACGUCUUCCGCGAUGUGCGUGGUACAGCUGCUCUGGAAGUGUGCACGCGGUUGGAGCCCGUCCAGAAACUCAGCAAGCGCAUGAUUCAGCUCUAUGCCAUCUGCAGCCUGGCCUUUCUGGGUUCAACAAUGGGCGGCUACGAUGGCUCCCUGAUGGGCAAUCUAAUUGCCAUGAAGCCCUUUCAAGAUCAAUUUGGUGCAAAGAUUCUGGGAGUGCAGACCGGCAUUAUCAUGAGCAUGUACUCGAUUGGGUCUGUGUGCGGUCUGCCUUUUAUCGGUCCUCUCACCGAUACGUGGGGUCGUCGCGUAGGCAUUGUCAUUGGAUGCGCCUUUAUUAUCAUGGGCACCAUCAUUGAAGGCGUCUCUCAUCACUUGCCCCAAUUCCUUGCCGGCCGGUUUUUCCUCGGGUUUGGUGGCAUUAUCUGCAACGUCGCCUGUCCGUCCUACGUCGUGGAAUUUGCCCACCCAGCCUAUCGUGGCGUUAUUACUGGUUUCUAUAACUGCUGUUAUUACCUUGGUGCAAUCUUGGCCGCCGCCGUCCUGCGUGGCUGUGUUCACUAUACCACCAAUAUGGCCUGGCUCAUUCCCACCUGGUUGCAGAUGCUUUUCCCGUGCAUCUUGCUAAUUGGCUGUGCCAUAUUCCCCGAGUCGCCGCGCUGGCUGUAUGUCCAUGGACAGACUGAGAAGUGCCGUGAAAUACUGGUCAAGUACCACGGCAACAACAACCCGGAAUCCCUCUACGUGAGGAUGGAAAUGCAUGAGUUUGCCGAGGAACUGGAACUUGAUGGUGCAGAUAAGCGCUGGUGGGACUAUCGCUCGCUGUUCAACUCACGCGCCGCCAUUUAUCGUGCCAUCCUAUGCGCUGUCGCUGUCUCUGCUUUUAGUCAGUUGACGGGCCAGUCAGGUGUGUCGUAUUUUCUACCCGCCAUGCUCAACACUUCCGGUAUCACAAACACUGCCACCGUCCUUGAUAUCAACCUGGGCAUUACCCUGGCAUCCGCCGCAGCCGCUUGCCUUGGUGCCAGCCAGAUGGACCGAUUUGGGCGGCGCAAGAUGAUGAUCUCCUGCUGUGCAAUUCUGUGUCUCUUAUGGGCUGGUAUGGUUGGUGGUACAGGCGGAUACCAUAUCUAUAAAAGCAUCCCCGCCGCCGACGCGUCCAUCACCUUCAUCUUUCUGGUAGGCAUUGUUUUCUCUGCCGCCUACACGCCGCUGCAAGCUCUGUACCCUGUCGAGGUUCUGGCAUUUGACCAACGCGCCAAAGGCAUGGCCCUACAAAAUUUUGCUGGGAACGCAUCCGGUCUCAUCAAUCAGUUUGCGCUUCCCAUCGCUCUUGAAGUGAUUAGUUGGAAGACUUACUUUAUCUACAUGGCCGUGUGCUUUUUCCAGGCUAUUUACUAUUAUAUCUUUAUGGUGGAAACAAAAGGGCACACACUCGAGGAGCUGAAUUUGAUCUUCCAGGCCCGAAAUCCUCGUAAGGCCGCUUCCUUACAGAAAGAGGAGGUGGAUGAAGAAAUUGCCAAGGUGCAACAGGCCAAGCAAAUUGCCGCUCAUGAUACGUGA